CUCGAGUCAUCUAGCCUUCCUUUUAUAUAUCUAUGGUUAACAAUUGUUAGCUGUCGUUAGCCGUUGUUAGUCGGUGGGCAGAACAACAUAAACCACUUACUUUUGUUUUUUAGCGUUGAUACUCUGCGCUGCCAUCUUGGAUUAUGUCGUUAAAUCCAUAGACAUAAUAAAGGAUAGACCCCGCUGGGGGUGCUGCGCGGCGAGAAAUGCGGCCGCCAUCUUGGUCAGGUCAAGCUUCCCAUACGCUCCGGUCAAUCAUAUUCAUUCAUCAGUCAUUCAGCGAUGCCGGAGCACUGUGCGGCGUAUUCCUGUGCCACCAGGCGGACAGCAGAGAGCAGGGCUAGAGGAAUAACUUUUCACAGGUAGGAUUAAACAUUUUUUUCAACAUUACACUUGACUGUAGAGUCAUUUGUAGGCCAAAGAGGAAGACUAUCGGUCAACUUCAAAAACGAAACAGCAUUUGCUAACAGUUAGCUUAUUCACCAUAAUAGCAACUUUGCUCCAUUAUCAACAGAUUUGCAUUAGAUUGAAAAACUUUUGUUUGAGAGAGGUUCUAAGAAACGUUAAGAAAUAAAAUAGAAAGAAGAAGGAAGAAAGUGAGCUCUGUUAUCUGUUUUAUUAAAGAUUUCUUUGUGGUGAUCUCCUGUUUCAUUUUGAAGAUUUCCUAAGGACAAAAAUUUGAGGAAGAAGUGGGAGAUUGCUGUAAGGAGGGAGAAAUUCACAGCAAGGGAUUCCUCUGUGCUCUGCAGCCAACAUUUUAAGGAGGCAGACUUUGACAGGACGGGACAGGUUGUCCGCAUCCGAGAUGGCGUUAUUCCGUCCGUCUUCAAGUUUCCAGGUCACCUCCAAAGAGUAGGUGCAUCACAAUAAAGUUGUUUUAUUCUAUUGAUUACAUGGCAUGAAUUACUUAUGGUGAUUCCCUCUCUAUCUAUCUAUCUAUCUAUCUAUCUAUCUAUCUAUCUAUCUAUCUAUCUAUCUAUCUAUCUACCUACCUACCUACCUACCUACCUACCUAUGUCUUUCUGUCUUGUCUUUAUUUUUAUUUUUUUAUUUCAUUUCAGGCAUGUUGGGUGGUUUAUAAAACACCCAGGGUAUCAGACAAUUUUAUUUCAUUAUCUAGUUUGUUCCAAAGCCUCACCCCGUUGAAAGAGAUAGUGAAGGACUUAAUGGUGGUUCUUGCCACUUUUCCUCUUCAUUUUAGCCAGAAAAAAGCAGGAACACAUCUGCCUCCAGAAAAUCUGAGGCGAGCCUGUCUGAGACUCCUCAGGAUAACUCAGUGGCCUCAACCUCACAUUCUGAAUCUCAGCCUGAAGAUGUGAGUAUUUCAAUUUUACCCAUAAGCAUGUCAUGAUGGUUUUAGAGACUGGUAGCGGAUUUGACAACUGAUGACUUUUAGAAAUAAUGUGAGCCCAUCUGUGUGAUACAGCUAGUAAAACAUAACUCAAACAAUGCUCAUCUCUCCUUUUCCUAGGAUCACAGCUAUGUAAUGCCUUCCUCCCCAACCGCUUUAAAGGCCAGACUCACCGGAGCUUUGGAAAGAGUCGAUAAAUUGGAGCGAGAAAAAAAGAAUGCCAAGGCACGUGAAAAGAGGGCGAAGACAACCGUGAAGAGUCUUCUAUCACAAUUAUGUGAAAAGAAUCUCAUUAAUGAAGAGCUCAAGGACAGACUUGAGCAAAUUGUUAUGUAGUUUAGGUGCUAUCCUGUCAUGCUGUUCUUGUGUUUAAAUUUUUUUGAUAUGUAGGCUAUAUAUUUGUGUGUAUUUCUUUGUGUGUAUUUUCCUGUUAUUAAAAUAGUGCUUCUAUAUGACAUUAUUUGUGUGUGUCUACAAAUGGAUAAAUAAAAUUAAACUAAAUAAAAUAUAAUCAAAUCAAUAUAUAUUGAAUUAGCCUAUUAAAACCGCAAGUUAUUAAUAAUUAUUGAGACAUAGCAGGAACCUAUCUCUAAACCUAGAUAGAUCCUUGAUUAAUUGUUAUACUAUACUACAGCCACUGCUGCCAUGUUCUAAUAUAUCAUUUUAUUCAUUCUGAGUAUUUGAAAACGCCAAAAAAAAUAUGGCCUCUAUCAUGCCUCUUUGAAUGGCGUUUGCAGAGAAGAAAAUUACGUAGUAUUGAGCGAACUAUGAUUCAUUUAAUGCGCUCAGACUUCAUUCCGCCGGUUAAACAGCGGUGCAGAGUGAGGCGGAUGACCGGACCAAGAUGGCGGCCGCGUUUCUCGACAGCGCCCAUUCGUGGUAGCGGCCGAUGCGGGGUCUAUCUUUUAUUAUGUCUAUGGUUAAAUCGGGUUCUGUGAGGAUCGUUCGACUUUCCGAGUCCGUAAUCCGACUUCCAGGGGACUUCCGGAUGAAUUUCCGACUCGGAGCUCGGAAAUCCCGACUUCCUG